AUGAAGGUGUAGGUGUGUGUCUUUUUACUGAACUGCUUUAUCAAGCUGCCACACUGACAAGGUUCACUCGGCGAGAGGGUACUAUGACGACUCGGAGUUGGGUUCCCGCCAUUUUAGUCAUGGUCGCUGCUGUUGUGGUGCAGUCCACACAUGCUUGUCCUGACGAAUGUCAAUGCUUCAAAGAUGUUUCCUCUGUACACUGUAAUGCCCCUGACCUAGACCACAUUCCACAAGGCAUCCCGGAAAACACCACGCUUCUCCAGAUGCAAGGCACGAAGCUCGCUAUUGUAAGAAAGGGCGAUCUCAAGGGCCUUCCUCUACUGAGGUCUCUGUACCUGUUCGGAAACCGCCUGCAGAGGAUCGAAGUCGGGGUGUUUGAUGACACUCCCACCCUGGUGGACCUGGAGGCAGGAGGGAAUCAAAUCUCUGAGUUACCCGCCGGGGUCUUCCGUGGGCUCGACAAACUUAAGGAGGUGCACCUCAGUCUGAACAACAUCACUGAUAUCCCCGCCGGUGUCUUCUCAUCCAGGCCUAAUCUACAGGUAGUUGACCUGCAGAAGAAUAGGAUCAUGUCCAUCCAACCUGGGGCCUUCGCUAAUAUGCCAAAUUCUGACGUUUUCGAACUCAGUGAUAAUAACAUCGGAGACAUCAAAGAUGGCGUCUUCCAGGGUCCCCAAGGUGCGAUACAUCUCAUGCUUGGGAACAACAACAUCUCCGUCAUCGAACCCACCGCGCUUAGGGCAUUCAAAAACCUGACCCUGCUCAGUUUGGACAACAACAACAUUUUAGCAAUAGGUAGUGUGCUACACAGUCUUGAGAAUCUUGAUGUGUUGUCCGCGGUUAACAACAAACUAACAAAGAUAUCAGACACCGAUUUUACCGGGUGUGAGAAAUUGCGGAUGUUAGACCUCUCCGGCAACCAAAUUAGUGCAGUCUCACAGAAUGCAUUCAAACACCUUCCAGAUUUGCAGGAAAUUAUACUGAGCAACAAUAACCUUAAUCAAAUGAAAGCCCAGCUUCCACUCGUACUGAAAAAGUUGAACAUUCAACAAAAUUUACUUAUGGAGAUACCACCCCUUCCUUCGGGUAUCGUUGAACUUGAUAUGUCCUACAACCCGAUAGAAUCUCUCAAA